AAAUCUUUUAGACAGAGUGAAGAUUUACAGAUACACAUGUCGGUCCACACAGGAGAGAAACCAUUUAGUUGUUCUGAGUGUGGGAAAAGAUUUGGCUUUAAGUCAAAGCUAGAGAGUCACAUGAGAACUCAUACAGGAGAGAAACCUUUCAGUUGUUUUAUUUGUGACAAAGCUUUUGGGGACAAUGGAAAACUGAAGGUGCACAUGAGAAGUCAUACAGGAGAGGGACCUUUCAGCUGUUCACUCUGUGAUAAGUCUUUCACACAGAGAGGAAGUGUGAAUGCACACAUGAGAAUCCACACAGGAGAGAGACCUUUUAGCUGUUCUGAGUGUGGAAAAAGAUUUGUUCGCAAUUCUCAUCUGCAACAACACAUGCGAACGCAUACAGGAGAGAAACCAUUUAGCUGCUCUGAGUGUGGGAAAUCAUUUUCAGAUAUUCGGAAAUUAAAGAAACACAUGAGAAUUCAUACAGGAGAGAAACCAUUUCGCUGCACAGUUUGUAAGAAAUCUUUCACACAGAAUGAACAUUUAAAGUUGCACAUGAAAAUCCACACAGAGAAAACAGAGAAGCAGAGACUUCAGCCAGCAGCUCAACUGAAAAAACAGAAAACCUCAGUCAGGCUUAAACUCUCUGAAAAAUGAUGAAGUCACUGUCAGUGAUUCAAGAUGUAGUGCUGGUAAGAAGCAAUUUUGCUGCUUUGAGUUGCACUGAGUGGGAACUGAAGACGUACAUGAGAACUCAUACGGGAGAGAAACCUUUCAGCUACUCAGUUUGUUAGAAAUAUUUUACACACAGUGGUAGUUUAUACAAACACAUGUGAAAACACACAGGAGAUAACAGCUUUAGCUGCAGUAUUUGUGAACAAAGACUCACUUCAAAUAAACUUCAAAGAAAACAUCAGUGUGUCGGCCAUCAGUCCUCACAGCUUCAUCAGACUCAAACUGAAGAGAUGGAAA